AUGGCAAACGUGUUGAAAAAUACCGCUGCAUCGGAGUUGAUCGCAAAGAUGUAUCUCAACGAGCGAUUGGCCGACGUUCAUUUCAAGUUCAAAGUCGAUGACGAAACUCAAAAGGUUCCAGCAAACAAAAGUGUGUUGGCAGCUCUGAGCCCGGUAUUUGAUAGAAUGUUCUUUGGAUCGUUGCCAGACGUUCCCAUUCCCGAUGCAGAUGCCGGUGCAUUCAAGGAAUUUCUCCAGUUGUUCUACCUGAGUGAGGUGACAUUGACCAUGGAGAAUAUCGAGACCGUUGUUCGUUUGGCCGACAAAUACGAUGUCCUCGAAAAUGUCAACGCUUUUGCCGUGUUUCUCAAAGGCCAACUGACAUUGGAUAACAUGUGCUGGGGCUAUCAGUUGGCCGUUAAUCUCCAAAAUGAAGAAUUAGUCGAGUUCUGUGGGGACAAAAUUUCCAGAUCGCCAAAGAAAAUCUUUGCUACCGAUGCAUUUCAACGUUGCGAUAAAAGUAUUUUGAAACGCAUCAUGGAACUGGAUUUGACAUGCAAGGAAACAAACGUUUUCGAUGCCUGUUUGAAGUGGGCCAAACACGCAUGCGAAGAAGACGAUAUGGAUGCCACAAAAGCGGAGAAUUUGAGAACUCAACUCGGUGAUUGCUUGAAGCUUAUUCGAUUUGGGUUAAUGGAAAGCGAAGAAUUCUCUGAAUGUUAUAUGUUGAACAAAGGACUUCUCACAUCGGAAGAAUUCGAAGAUAUUAUGCUUUCUUUAUCAGCAAAGGAGUACAAAGCGAAAAUAUUCAAUAACAAUCCUCGAUGCUUCACAUUUAAUGAAAAUGACACUUUGGUGUGUCAACGACAAGCUGUGAAUACACCAACAAACUACCUCACGGGCUCAGAAGUCGUUUGGUUCACAACAAAUCAAACAGUAUUAUUGGGAGAAAUGUGCUCUGCUCCGACAGGCAAUAUGCAUUGUAUCAAUCAACAGAAAGAUGCUGUGAACGCAACAAUUGCAGAAAUCAACAGCGAUUUUUCGAAGAAGGUUUUGUACGAAGGCUCAUCAAAAACUUGGGAUAUAGAUGAAUUAAAAGUGUCUUUAUUGCAACCGAUUACGAUCAAACCACAUGUUAUGUAUGAAAUUCGUUUUGCAGUGCUCAUGGGAGUUGGAAAUUCGUAUUACAAAGCAACGUGGAAACCAACAGUUGAAGUAGAAGAUGGUCUGACGUUCCAAUUUCAUCGAUGCCCAUCUCAUACAAGCUAUGACACUUCUACAUCUGGUUGGAUUCAGUCUUUAGGCGUCAACAGGCUAUAA